AGUGUUGAUUAAUCGGGUUAUAGCUAUACUGUCUUCACCAAAAACUAAAAAGAAUGGCGUCUACAUUCUUCAGGAGACUGGGUAAAGCCACUCCGAUUGGAUUUGGAGGGCAAUCAAAGUUCAACGGGUUUCGCAUUCCAAUUGGAGUGAUUGCAGCAGUUUCUGGUGGAAUCUCUUAUUUGUACUGUUACUCCUCCCCAAAUUUGGCUCAUCUUGAUGAAGUCAAAGCAGAUGCCGGUCCUAAAGUUGCUCUUAAAUCGGAUAAAUGGCUUGAAUUUAAGCUGCAAGAUACUGCCACAGUUAGCCACAACACUCAGCUAUUUAGGUUUUCAUUCGAUCCUUCUGCCAAGUUGGGUUUAGACAUUGCAUCAUGCAUUCUUACAAGGGCUCCGAUAGGACAUGAUGCUGAAGGGAAAACAAAAUAUGUUAUCCGUCCGUAUACUCCUAUAUCAGACCCAGAUGCUAAGGGAUAUUUUGACUUGUUAAUUAAGGUGUAUCCUGAAGGAAAAAUGAGUCAGCAUUUUGCUAGCUUAAAACCUGGCGAUGUUGUUGAAGUUAAAGGGCCCAUUGAAAAGAUCAGAUACUCACCUAAUAUGAAGAAACAUAUUGGCAUGAUUGCUGGUGGCAGUGGCAUUACUCCCAUGCUUCAAGUCAUUGAAGCUAUCCUCAAGAAUCCUGAUGACAACACUCAGAUCUCGUUGCUUUAUGCCAAUGUCUCUCCUGAUGAUAUACUGCUCGUACAGAAACUCGACUUUCUGGCUGCUAGCCACCCAAAUUUCAAGGUUUUCUACACCGUAGACAAUCCAUCAAAGAAAUGGAAAGGAGGUGUUGGAUACGUAUCGAAGGAUAUGGCUGUGAAAGGCUUACCUGGUCCUAGUGAUGAUACAAUUGUCCUGGUAUGUGGUCCACCCGGUAUGAUGAAACACGUUUCUGGUGAAAAGGCUAAAGACUACUCUCAAGGAGAGCUAAGUGGUAUACUGAAAGAAAUUGGAUACACAGAGCAAAUGGUUUACAAAUUUUAGGAGGCAUGCAUCAUUUGGAGUUACUAUAUGUCUGAUUUUACACUUAUACUCAAAAUUUUGCAAUAAUGUUCCAAAUGGAAUCUUUUAUUUCAGAAAUCUCAAACAAUUGGAAAUGUUGUAGAUUUGAGUUUUUACAGGCAGGAAAGAAGUGAAGAGUGGAAGAGUAUUUGUGAUGAGCAAAUUGAGGGUUUAGUGCUUUCAUGAGCAUGACAUUGGCACAGUUAACCAAUUAAUUUAGGUUAAACAAUGCGGACAAAGAAUAUUAUUUCUUCUUUUCUUUUGCUCAAUUUCAUUUACUUUAUGUUAAA